AUGUCACCUUCUGAGGACAAGACGGGCGCGGAAGGCUCCGCCGAGCUCGCAUUUGGAGACGCCAUCGAUAUGAACAUCUUUGACCAGAUUCUGGAAAUGGAUGAUCCUGGAAGUGAUGAAUUCAGCUCGUCAAUUGUUUUUGGCUUCUUCACCCAAGCACAAGAGACCUUUGGCAACAUGGACACAGCUCUCUCACACAUGUUCCUCCCUUGUAACAAGAGAGCUGACCGAGACCAUUGCGUAAGUAGAGCAGAGAAGGACUUGAAGACUUUGUCGGAGCUCGGUCAUUUCCUCAAGGGCUCCUCUGCUACCUUGGGGCUGCUCAAGGUCAGGGACGGCUGUGAAAAAAUUCAGCGUUAUGGCAAGAACGAGAAUCUGGAUGGAUCUUCAGAACCCGACUCUGAGCUAUGUCUCAAGCGGAUCACGGAGGCACUGGGGACUGUCAAGGCGGACUAUCAAGACGUCGAGACGAGACUGAAGGCGUACUAUGACAAGGGGGACGAUGCUUAA